AUGAAGGCCGCCAUUCUCCUCUGUCUCGCCUUUGGCGCUGUCCUCGGACAAAUUCCAUCUCCAUGCAACUCCCCACCCCAAUGGGAAGGGCGUGAAGUCAGGAUGGAUUACAGUCAGAAGUAUGAAGAGAGGAGAAGACUGUUUUACGAUCAGACCAACCUGAGGACACGUACAAUUGCUGAGGUCGAAAUAAACAGCACCCGCGAGUUUUAUGACGUCAUCUCUCUAUUUAAAGAGAGGAAGAUGUACAGUUUGAACAUGAGGACAAAGACCUGUAAUGUAACAAACAUUGAACCCGACAGGGCAUUCCACUACCGCGGUGUCCACCCCGAUGCCAGAUUUGAGGGAAUCUUGUCAUUGGGCGCAGCAGGAUUCCCAGGCGAGAACAUUCAGGUUGAGGUUUUCUCCGCUAACGAGACUAACGACUUUUACACUGGAAUCGUUACCUCUCCCGGAUGUAUUCCCGUAAAUAACAUUCACAUCUCUCAGAAGUACGGAUACGAGCAUUCAGACUAUUUUGACAUCACUGUCGGUAUCACCGAUCCACAGGCAUUUGUACCACCAACAAACUUUUGUGAUCGGUCUCACGUCGACAUGAAGACAGCUGUAAUUUUCCUCUCCGUGGUCGGGGCUGUGUUCAGUCAGGUUCCAACACCGUGUGAAUCACCACGACAAUGGCAAGCCAGAGAGCGUGUGGCAGAAUUCGGUAAAAACUUUGAGGAAUACCACAAGGUUUACUAUGAUGGAUCAAGCGGUAGGGAAAGGAACAUUGCAGAGAUCGAAGAUGGCUCCGACAGAGAGUUUUUCGACAUCCUAUCAUUGUUCAAUGAGAAUAAACGUUACAUGAUCAACAUGAAGACCCGACAGUGUAACGUGUCGUCCAUUAACCGUCCAUUCCGUCAUCGUGGAGUGCCCCCUAACGCCCAAUUCACCAAUGCUUUCACUCUCGGAUCAGUGGCACUCCCUGGCCAGGGACUCUCAGUGCAGUCUUUCAUAGCUAAUGUGACCUUCGGAACAUUCCAUGAGGAAUACUUUGGAUUGGUAACAUCACCAGGAUGUGUUCCUAUCAACAAUUAUUAUUAUAACCCGUCGGAACAAACCAAGUCUGUAGUAGCGUACUACGACCUUACCGUAGGAAUAUCCGACCCGAUGAUAUUUGUUCCGCCGCCAGAAUGUAUGUAA